CAGCCGGCCCCGCCCCGCGCUGCGCGACGGGAGGCGGAGUCUUGGGGGAAAGACGCCGGGGUCGGUUCCGACACUGACGGCGCACCCCAUGGCCGACUGGGUUGGAUCGUACUCUGCGGGCCGCAAAGCCCGGCGUCCCCGGGCCCCCCGAGACGUCGCAGGUACCAAGCAGACAAGUGCCUUGAACCAAGAAGAUGCUUCUCAAAGGAAAGCAGAACUAGAAGCAGCUAUCAGAAAGAAGAUUGAGUUUGAGAGAAAAGCUCUACAUAUUGUGGAACAGCUUUUAGAAGAGAAUAUUUCAGAAGAAUUCCUAAGGGAGUGUGGGAAAUUCAUCACACCUGCUCACUAUAGUGAUGUCGUGGAUGAGCGUUCUAUUAUCAAACUCUGUGGCUAUCCUUUAUGUCAGAACAAGCUAGGAAUUGUACCAAAACAGAAAUAUAAAAUUUCUACCAAAGCUAAUAAAGUCUAUGAUAUUACUGAAAGAAAGUGUUUUUGCAGCAAUUUUUGUUAUAAAGCAUCUAAAUUUUUUGAAGCACAAAUUCCUAAAAGUCCAGUGUGGGUUCGCGAGGAAGAAAGACAUCCUGAUUUUCAGCUGCUACAGGAAGGACAAAGUGGUCCUUCUGGAGAAGAAAUACAGUUAUGCAGCAAAGCCAUUAAAACAUCAGAUAUUGACAAUCCUGGCCAUUUUGAGAACCAUUAUGAAUCUAGUUCUUCUAGCACUCAUAGUGAUAGUAGCAGUGAUAAUGAGCAAGACUUUGUUUCCUCCAUUCUACCAGGAAACAGACCAAAUGCAACGAGUAUAAGGCCACAGCUGCACAAAAAAAGCAUAAUGAAAAAGAAAGCUGGUCAAAAAGUUAACUCUCAACAUGAAAGCAAAGAGCAAACAGUAGUAGAUGUCAUUGAGCAGUUAGGCAAUUGCAGAUUAGAUAAUUGGGAGAAAGCUACGGCUUGUGAACUUCCUUUACAGAAUGUAAAUACACAGAUUUCUUCAAAUAGUUCUCUGCAAGAAAAAUUAGAAGCUUCAGAAAUUUCUGAUAUUAAAUACAGUAGUUCAAAAGUAACUCUUGUAGGCAUAAGUAAGAAAAGUGCGGAGCAUUUUAAGAGGAAAUUUGCCAAAUCAAACCAAGUUUCUGGGUCAGCUUCCAGUUCAUUGCAGGUGUGCCCUGAAAUUGCAAAGGCAAACUUACUUAAAACCCUGAAAGAGACUUUGAUUGAGUGGAAGACAGAAGAAACUUUGAGGUUUUUGUAUGGCCAGAAUUAUGCAUCUGUAUGUCUAAAAUCCUCCUCAACCCCUCUGGUUAAAGAAGAGCUUGAUGAAGAUGAUACAAACUCUGACCCAGAUGGUCAUUCCCCUGCCUUGCAGGAGUUGAACAGCUUGGAUGAGUCUUUACAAUUUAGAGCCUCAGAUACAGCCAUUAAACCACUGCCAAGUUAUGAGAACUUGAAAAAAGAAACUGAAACAUUAAAUUUAAGGAUCAGGGAGUUUUAUAGAGGACGAUAUGUUUUGAAUGAAGAAACUACCAAAUCACAAGACUCAGAAGAGCAUGAUCCCACCUUUCCACUGAUAGAUUCAAGUUCUCAGAACCAGAUCAGAAAACGCAUCGUACUUGAAAAACUGAAUAAAGUGUUGCCUGGACUUUUGGGACCUCUUCAGAUUACAUUAGGAGAUAUUUACACACAACUUAAAAAUCUUGUCCAAACUUUCAGAUUAACAAAUAGAAAUAUUAUACAUAAACCUGCAGAGUGGACCUUAAUUGCUUUGGUGUUGCUGUCAAUUGUUGUUCAUACAUCAGAUUAGAAAGCACAAUAAGUGAAGUCGCUCAGUCAUGUCAGACUCUCUGAGACCCCGUGGACUGACUGUAGCCUGCCAGGCUCCUCCAUCCAUGGGAUUUUCCAGGCAAGAAUACUGGAGUGGGUUGCCAUUUCCUUCUCCAGGGGAUCUUCCCAACCCAGGGAUCAAACCUGGGUCUCCCUCACUGCAGGCAGACUCUUUACUAUCUGAGCCAGCCCAAUAAAUUACACUAAAGUAUGUUUGUUUUCAGAUGCCUUCUCAUAGUGUAUCAUAUAUUGGUUUUUAUAUUCCUCAUAAUUCUCAUCUGUCCUCAGUAUAGGGAAACAGAAACUGAAGAAUCACUGUUUAUCAUGGUCAUGGUUUUCAGAGUAGUUUUUUUGAGAAGAUUUUGACUGGUAUUUUGAGAUUUUGUAGCUGUAGGACACACACACCCCACCCCACCCCACCCCCCCCAGCUCAAUCCUUUUCCUCCUUCCUUUCUUCCCUUUGGUCUUAGUCUUCCCAGUCUUCUUUGACCUCUGUCAUUAUACUUGAGCCUGUAACAUGCAAAUGUUAGGAAAGCUGAGAAAUCUAGGGAAGAGUCCAGACCAAGUCUGGCAGCCAAAAUGAAACAAUUAUAGGAGGCUAUGAAGAAACAAAUUGAUUGGCUUGAGUUCCUUUAUGUGCAGCACUUGUGCCAGAAGUGGGAAUCAGUUUCUCCAGUAACUUCUUGUAUCUAAAAUGUAAUUUUUUCACCAGAGUUUAAUGUGGAACCUUUGUAGAAAGACCACUGCUUAUGUAAAGUGAUGAUCUAUAGCUAACUGUAACAUAGGAGUCAGACAUCUCUUAGUGGAUAGCUAGAGAGAGGUGUUAUUGUGUUCCAUGGGAAUGAUUUGGUUAUCUAAUGAAGGAAGAAGUAAGUAAAUACUUAGUUACCUUGUACUACUUAGAAAGAAUGGAGGGUAGAAAGUGACUUGUGGUAGUCUAACAUGGAUAUAUGCUAUUCCUAGUUUUAUGCCCUUGAUGUUCUCUAAUGGAAAGCUUUCAAGAUCAUCUCCAAAAAUGUCUGCUUUCAUUUUAUUUAUCUGAACUGUCUGUUUCCAGUGAACUGUGGCCCACUUCCUAGACACAGACCACGCAAUAGUUUAUUCCCCCUAAAAGCUUUGAGUAUUCCCGUCGUUCUGGGAGUAGCAUGUAAGUCCUGGGAAAUGGUAUUUAAAUAAGCUCAACUUGACCAUGAUCACUAAACAAAAGCCUUCACUGGACGUGGGCAGCCACUUUAGGUAACCAUCAUACAGAUAGACACUCAGGAGAGUCACUUCCCUAGGGUACGAGGCAUGAACAGAAAGAUGUGACUACAGCUUUUUGCUUCAGCAGAUUGUUUUUUAUAGUGCGCCCAUCACUAAUUUCCUUAGAGAAAUUUGUGAGCACACCAUGAAAAAUGAAGAUAUGGUUCCUUAGAAAUUUAUUGGUUCUCAGAAGUAUUCCAAAGCCUUUCUCUUAAUAUUCCCAAUUUAGUUCUCAGUAUUUGAGACCAUAAUAGCAGAUCACUGAAAUAAUUUUGUUUCCUUAUAAUUACAGAUUUUAUAUUUAAUUGAAUUUUAUUGAGAUAUAAUUCAUAUAACAAAAUGCAUUAUUUUAAAAUGUACAGUUCACUGGUUUUUAGUACACUCACAGUUUUGUGAGUGUGAGUAUACAGCAACUGUCACUACUGUCUCAUUCCAGAACACUUCAUCAUCCCCAAAAUUAUCUUCAUAUCCAUUACCUUAGUCCCAGUUUUCCCUUCCUCCAUCCCCUGGCAAUCACUCAUCUACUUUCUGUCUCUAUGGAUUUACCUAUUCUGAACAUGUCAUAUGAAUGGAAUCAUAUAAUAUGUGACUUUUGUGUCUGGCUUCUCUCACUUAAUGUAUUCUAGGUUCAUUUCAUGUUGUAGCAUGUAGCAGUACUCCAUCCCUUUUUAUGGCCGAGUAAUACUCCAUUGUAUGGAUAUACCACAUUUUAUUUAUCCGUUUAUCAAUUAAUGGACAUCUGGGUUCUUUCCAUUCUUUGGUUCUUAUGAACAUUUGUGUGUAAGUUUUUGUGAGAACAUAAGUUUUCGAUUCUCUUAGUGGAAUUAGUGGAUCUGUGAUAACUCUGUGUUUAUCUGAGGAACUACUAAAGUGUCUUUCACAAUAAAUGCACUGUUUUAAAUUUCCUUGGGCACUUUGUGAAGACUCCAUAGAUUGAAUUGCCUCAUACCCAGCAGCCCCACCAGGCUUUUGCUUGUAGUUUUCCAAACUUUAAAUAUGGUGUUCUGAUUAAAUUUAGACCUUCAUGGACCUGUAACAUCAAUUUUUUAUGUUCUAGGAAUUUCUACUACAUAUGCAAAAUAAGCCCCCUCACUAACAUCCUUGUGAAGUUUAAGUAAAGUACCUAUUUACUGAGUAUUAAAUAAUAAUUAGAUUAUUCCUAAGUCCCCUAUACUUAUGGCUGGCUGACUUAUAAGAAAAAUAUAAUGUUUUUUAAUUGAAGUAACUUUAUCCUCAGCCACCAAGCUGUAUGGGAACCCAGAUAUUUUCUAAAGGAAAAAUAGUACUUCUUAAAAAUUUUAACCAAGCCUACUUUCUUCACUGAUUUUUUUUUUCCCUCAAAAUUUCUCAAAUUUUUGGCAAUUUUAUAUUGGUUUUUUUAAUCCAUAAGUAGCUAAGAGUCCCAAACCUUGGGCCAGAAUCCAUAUUAAAGUCACCAAGUGUCUUCAGCAAAAAGAUGAAGCAGCCUCCCCUUCGCAAGCAGCACAGUAACAGCAGUGGGGACAGCUGGUAGCAGGCAGCACUUGUCCCUUACCAGUCACACCUCGAUGUGAGAAGUCAGUCUCCCUCCCUACCUGCUCUUGACAUCGUCACAGCCUGACUGAGCGCACUGAGAGCAUGGCCAGGAGGCCAGGAAGCAUGAGGCUUGACUAAGGGCACUGUUACCCCCUGGCCUCGGGUUCUGUACCGUAAGAGUGUGGUAAUCAUUGUGGACACUGCUGGUUGGUUCCAUUUCUGUCUUAGAGCACUGAAAAAGUUGUAGCCACUAUGCUGAGAGAAUUGUUUCAUAGCAGUAAUUACUAAGAAAGGUUUUUCUAACACAUCUCCAAAGCUGCUCUAUAGAGCUGUCACAAACAGGAUUUAGAUAUAAAGUUUAAACUCACGAUAGCCCAGCCCUUUAAGCAAACCAGUGUGUAAUAUAUCACUACUAAGUGAGCUACAAAGAACUUGUUUCUUUUGAAUUAGAAAUAUCAAUGGAAAGCAUCCCUGCUUCCUUAUUAAUAGGUAAUCCCAAAGCAUUAAAUGCAAACAUUAUCAGGACAUAAACCAUCUGUUAGGAAAAAAAACAUUUUAUUUUAUUUGGCUAUAUGGUCUUUUAUAACAAAGUUUUUAUCUCAGUUUUCUAGAUAAUAGUUCUGAAAUAGAAAGUUCAUAAUAAUAUACUUCUUCAUGGUAUGUUCUUCUUUCAGAAAUCCUUAACAGUAAUAGCCUCACAUGCCUCUUGGUUUUUCAAAUUUUGAGACUUUAGAUUUGUGCCUUUGAUAAAAUUAAAUUUAUGUAAAUUAUCAUUAAGUAUUAUAUUUUUGUAAAUGUAAUUCCCUUACCCCAAAGACCACCUUAACUAUGCAAGGGUUCUUAAAAACCCUAAAUUCAGUUCUCAUUCUGGAUUAUAUCUUAUUUUUUCCUUUGGAUUAGCAGUUCAGCCUUGCACAAGUUUCUUAACUUCAUUGUGCAUUUUUUUGGUCCUGUUAGUAAUAAGAGGGGGACUAAAUCCUGGUUAAAUUAACUUGGCAGUGUGAAUUCAACUAUGACAUCUUGUAAGUAAGAAACUGUUUUAAUGCAGUAUGUCAAAGGCUACUGAAGGAGACAGUGAAGAUGAUUAUUUUAGCAUAGGAACCAGUGUAACUGUGCUGACAGCCAUGGUGACACUGUCCAAGUGUUGCUGCUUUGUUUGGUAUUUAGUCCUUAAGCUUGGCAAGAAAUACAUUAAUACUGCUAGCCAUUCCUUCUGUGGAAAGACUACAGAGUGCUCAUUUAAGUAAAUGGGAUGAACACCCCCAAGAUUCCUUUAGUCUCUUUCUACUGUAGACCUUGCUGACAUUAUAUUGCUCUCCACAUCAAAGAUGAGGAAGCUGCUCUGGAAGCCAAAGGGAACAGUGAAGUGACUUAGUACCUCAGCAUUAUACUAAAGGUGGUGAAGAGCAAAGUAGAAAGUGUAAGUUGAUUUUUUAAAUUUCAAAUUGUUUCCGAUUGUUUGUUCAGAUCACAUUUACGGAUGUUUUUUAAAGUAAUUCUAGAAUAAUGCCUUUUUUUUUUUCCUUUCAUUGAUGAAAAGAUCCCAACCAUUCAUUGAUAGAACUUCUUUGAACUAGGUAUGGUAGAGUAAUCUGUGUUUCAACUCAGAUAGUACCAUCUGAUUGUUAGCUAAAGGAUUGAUAAGCUACCUUGCCUGUUGCCCUGAUUUUUAAUCUAAAGAGUUUGUUAGGACCUUUUUUUUUUUUUCAUGUUUUUAAUAUCAUGCCAUAAAAACCAGCAUAAGAAGAGCCCACAUUAUACCAGGAAUGAUGAGACUCACACUUUGCUACUGCAUCAGAACUGUGCAGUAUGUAGAGGCUGGCAUCUACACAAUAAUGGAAAUGUUUUCAAAUAUUAGAAAUAUGACUGUAAAAUGUUUAUUGAGCAGCUGCUAUCAGUAAGAUUGUGGGGAAUACUGAGAUUAAACAAAGACAAAGACCCUGCCCUCCAAGACUACUGAGGAAAGGGGAACACUGUAUGUUCACAGGUAAACUACAAGCAAGAAAGAAACACAGACUGUCGUGGGACUUCAAAGAAGCAAAAUAGCUCUAUUAGGAAGAUCAAAAAAGACUUCACAGAAGUGGGAUUUGUGAUGGGCCCCAAAAAGAGAAAGGGUUUAAAGAAAUAGAAAUGAAAGGUUGAGAGCAUUCUAGGAAGUACCUGUAUAAUGAAAAAAGCAAAGAGACGAGAUGUAGUGAUGAGUAAAGAUAACUGGAAAGAGUGGUUGGAAAGUUAGGUGUAUUGUAGAGUUAGAGCCUUUAACGGCAAGGAAACUUAUUUUAGUGGACAGUGAAAGUCACUGAAGUUUUGAGCAGAGAGUACUAUCCUGAAGCCAGUGCUUUAGGAAGAUCAGUCUUAACUGGAGUCACAUCUGAUCCUAUCUUCCACUUUACACCAGUCCUUCCAAGGCUUCCACUUGCUCUUAUUGUGGCCCUGUGUGGUUCAGCCUUAGCUUACACCACCCUGCCUUGUUCUCAUUCCUACCACUCCAGCCCUUCUCAUCAUCUUUUUCUCUCACCAUAGGACCCAGAUUGUUCCCUUUAUCCAGAAUGUUCUUCCCACUCCUAUUCCUUUGGUUAAUUCCCCCUCAUCUCUCAGAACCUGAGGAAGUGUUCCUUUCUCAAAAAACAUUUCCUGGACUUCCCUGACUAGAUCAAAACAUUUUAUAAUAGGCCAUAACACCAUGUACUUAUCUUUCCUAGCACUUACCCUGUUUUCAGUUUUAUAUUGAAUUGUAUGAUUACUUGAUUAAUAUCUGUCUCACUCAACUUGAAGAUAUUAGGACUUCCCUGGCAGUCCAGUAUUAAGACUCCCCACUUCCAAUGCAGGGGAUGUGUGAGUUAGAUCCCUGGUCAGGGAACUGAGAUCCUACAUGCUGCAUGCACAGCCAAAAAAAAACAUGAAGAUUUUAGGGGCAGGUUCUAUGUCUGAUUUUAUGCAGCAUUAUAUACCCUGCACUUUAGCAUCACAGAUUUAAAAUAAAUAGCUAACAGUGAACGAAAGAAUGAAUUAUUAGGAAGCAAUCAUUUCUGACUUUUGGUUGACUCUUUCCUUCCUGCCUCCCAAGUGCUUCCCUUCUGCCUACAACUGCUUAUUCAUUUUUUAAAGUUUAAAAAACAGAAAGGAAAAAAUACCUAUCCUUUCUCCAUAACCUUGCUGAGCUUCCCAGACUAUCAUCCUUUCACUUGCCGAACUUCUUGAAGGAGCUAGUCUGCUGUCAGUGAUUGCAGUGCUUUUCAUUGAUCCCUUGCAUUCUGGUUCUUGCCCACAGCAUUUAUGAAAUUGAUUUUCUCAAGUCCUCCACUAUUAACAGCCUAGUUAACCAAAGAACACUGAGUGAGUGAAAUAAAAUGAUUACGAUGAAAAUGAAAUGAGACACACAGAUGAUGAGAGACAUUACAGCUCCAGAUACAAAGUUUAGCAAUGGAGAUAAGGGGGGGACAAACAUGAUUUCACAAAAUUAAGACAGAUAACUGGGAAAAUGCUGAUUCUUCUAGAGAAGAGAGUAUGAGGAACUAAUUGAAGGAGUUACUAGAUUUGAUUUAACCUGUUCUCCAAGCACUGAGACUGUUCCUAUUCAGGCAUAUUUAAGGUGGUAGUUAUUGUCCAGUUGUUAAGUCAUGUCCGACUCCUUGCGACCCCAUGGACUGCAGCAUGGCAGGUUUCCCUGUCCUUCACUAUCUCUUGGAGUUUUCUCAAACUCAUGUCCAUUGAGUUGGUGAUACCAUCCAAA